CAUGUAGUUCCAGCAGAGAGCCCGCUGGGCGGGGUUAGGCCGGCGCAACCUGCCCCCGGGUCCCGUGCCCCGCUCCCCGGGAUUCGAGCCUGAGAGGCAGAGGCGAGCCGGCGGCGACCGUCCGCGGCAAGGCCUGGGCUGGAGAGCGUCCCGACAUCCCGCCGCCGCGAGGAGUGAUAUCCUCAGGGAAGAUGGGAAAGGGCUGUAAGGUUGUGGUUUGUGGCUUGUUAUCUGUGGGGAAAACGGCAAUUUUGGAGCAGCUCCUUUAUGGGAAUCAUACUAUUGGAAUGGAGGACUGUGAAACAAUGGAAGAUGUGUAUAUGGCUUCAGUGGAAACAGAUCGGGGAGUCAAGGAACAGUUACAUCUUUACGACACCAGAGGCCUACAGGAAGGCGUGGAGCUGCCAAAGCAUUAUUUUUCAUUUGCUGAUGGCUUUGUUCUUGUGUACAGUGUGAAUAACCUUGAAUCCUUUCAAAGAGUGGAGCUUCUGAAGAAAGAAAUUGAUAAGUUCAAAGACAAAAAAGAGCCCAGGAAAUACAGGACUGAGUUCAACCAGGACCAGCAUCUGACUUUCUGCCUUUGCUUCUUCCCAUGUACAACUUGAAUUUUAAUGACUCCAUAUUGCAAAUACUACAUAGUUCAUUUCACGUUAUUUGGGAUCAUUGUUUCCUAGGGCUUUUUAUUGUCUUCUUGGAGAAAUAGGAUUGUCCUUAGCCUUAAAAAAAAAAAAAAAAAAGAAGUGUAAAAAACUAAUAAAUAAUUAGUGGCUUCUAUCCACUUACCAUUUGAAAAUAAGAUUCUUACUAUGGUCAGUAAAGUUUUAGAUGAUCUGGCCCAUGGCUGUCCUUUCACCUUUAGCAUUCUGUUCCUCUGUCACUGUACUCCAGUGGUCAACUUUCUGUUGUUCCAGCAUGAUAAUUUUGUCCCCCUGUGAAGUCCUUCUCAGUGGCUCGUUCCCCUGCCUGGAACUCUCUCAUCGCAGGUCUUUCUCUGGGUCUUGGCAUGGCUGACUCCUCAGGGUUUAGGGAACCGUGUCAUGAACCCAAUUAACAGCACUGGCUAGGUGUUCUUAACCUAAUUUUUACUUAACCUAAUUUUUAUGUAUUUUUUAUGUCAUACUUUUAAUUUUGAGGUAAUUGUAGAUUCACAUGCAAUUUUAAGAAGUAAUAGAGAUCCCUAACUCAGUUUCCCCCAAUGCUAAUAACACUGUGCAAAACUAUAGUAAAAUAACACAACCGAGGUACUGACAUUUAUACAGUGAGGGACCCUUUCCAGCACUGCAGGGACCCCUCAUGGGACCUUUUACGGCCUCACGUAUUCCCCUCCCAUCCCCUCUCCCUCCUUAACCGUUAUCUGUUCUCCAUUUCUGUGACCUUGUCAUUUCAAGAGUGUUAACGUAAAUGGAAUCGCAGUUUGUAACCUUUUGGUAUCGGCCUUUUUCACUCAGCAUAAUUCUCUGGAGAGUCAACCAGGUAAUUGCGUGUAUGAGUCGUUCAUUCCUUUUUCUUGCUGGGUGGUUUUCCAUGGUGUGUAUGUACCGAAGUUUAUUUAACCACUCACCUGUUCAAGGACCUCUGGGUUGUUGAUAUUUUAAUUAUUUUUAUUAUUUUGAAUACUAACUUUGUGAAUAGAUAACAACAUUCACAAGGUUCAGUCUUCAAAAGAUAUAAAAAGGUAAGUAAUGAAGGCUCCUCUCCACCUGUUUCCCAUCUUUCUCACUGAGACAGAUAAGUGCUGUUAUUAUUUGGGGGAGAGUCCCCCAGAUUUCCCUCCCUGCCCCCCCUAAAGUUAAAAGUAUAGUUCAGUGAACUCAUGUACUUGAUACUUGAAUCUCAGCUCUGCUUCUCAACUCUUCUGCCUUAGUUUCCUUAUCUAUAAAAUAAGGAGAAUAAUAGUACCUUUCUCAUAUGGUUAUUAUGGGGAGUUAACAUUCAUUCAGCAAAUGCUUAUUUUUAAAUUUUUUUAUUGAAGUAGAGUUGAUUUACAAUGUUGUGUCAGUUACUGCCAUACAGCAAAAUGAUUCAGUUAUACAUGCAUACACUUUUAAAAAUUCUUUUCCAUUUUGGUUUAUCACAGGAUAUUGAAUAUAGUUCCCUGUGCUCUACAGUAGGACCUUGUUGUUUAUCCAUCCUGUAUAUAAUAGUUUGCAUCUGCUAACCCCAAACUCCCACUCCAUCCCUCCCCCACCCCCUCCCCCUCGGCAACCACCAGUCUGUUCUCUAUGUGAGUCUGUUUCUGUUUCAUAGAUAAAUUCACUUGUGUCAUACUUUAGAUUCCACAUAUAAGUGAUAUGAUAUUUGUCUUACUCUGUCUGACUUACUUCACUUAGUACGAUAAUCUCUAGCUGCAUGCAUGUUGCUGCAGAUGGCAUUAUUUUGUUUCUUUUUACGGCUGAGUAAUAUUCCAUUGUGUAUAUGUACCAUGUCUACUUUAUCCAUUCAUCUGUUGACGGGCAUUUAGGUCGUUUCCAGGUUUUGGCUACUGUGCAUAGUGCUGCAGUGAACAUUGGGGUGCAUGUAUUUUUUCGAAUUAGAGUUUUCUCCGGAUAUAUACCCACGAGUGAGAUUGCAGGAUCAUACCGUAGUUCUAUUUGUAGUUUUUUAAGGAACCUCCAUACUGUCCUCCAUAGUGGCUGUAUCAAUUUCCAUUCCCACCAAGAGUGUAGGAGGGUUCCCUGUUCUCCAGCACUUAUUGUUUGUAGAUUUUUUUGAUGAUGGCCAUUCUGACCAGUGUGAGGUGCUACCUCAUUGUAGUUUUGAUAGCAGAUGCUUACUGGGCUAUGUGCCUGGCACUGUUCUAGGUGAGGCGGAGGGAAUACAGUAGAGAAUAGAACAGAGUCCCUGUUGCCAUAAAGCUUCUGUCUGGGGGGUGGGGGAGAGAGGGACAACGAACAAGUAUGUAUUGUGAGGAGUGAUGCAGUGUAGGAAGAAAAGUCAAGCAGAGUGGGGAGUGAGGGCACUGCUUUCUGUAGGUGAUACGGGGAGGCCUGGUGAGGUGACUUGCAGCAGAGAUUUGAAGGGUGUGAGGGAAGGGCGCAAGCCGAUGUCUAGAGGAGGCUGCUCCAGGCGGAGGCCCCAGCUGAGCAGGGGCGGGGGCGGGAGCAUGUUGCGCCAGGAGCAGCAUUGAGGCCAGAGCGGGCGGGGCUGGGGGGAGGCAGAGCUGAGGGUGCCUCGGGAUGGGAGGCAAGGGGAUGGCAGGGUCUAGCUUGGGUGGCACGCACUUGUUUUCAUGUCUGUUUUAAAAAAUUGAUGGGGUAAUGGUUGCACAUGGUUCAAAAAUGAAAAUGAUCUAUAGAGAGGACUCUAGUGAACUUGUUCCCACCCCUGGGUUCAACCGUCUAUCUCCUGUACCUCAAGCGUGCUGUUUUAAUGUUUUGCCCCUUUCCUAGUCUGGGGGCGUCCUUCCAGAGUUUCUCUGUGUAAAUACAAGCAAACAGAAAUGUAUAUAAUUUUUUCUUAUUUUUCUCUCUGUUGUACCAAAGGUAGCAUAUUGUUGUACACCUUGU